AUGUGCCACUUUCAGGUCUCCUCACACUGCUGGUGUGUUCCAUUUUUUGUCAUAGGGUGCUGGCAGAUUACGGGCCUCCCAUAGCUGCUGCCAGGCCCCUAAUCUGCCAUGGGCCCCUAUACCGCCCCUCAUGCUGCUGCCAAGUCCAGAGUCUCUCAUGGGUCCCUGUACGGCCUCCCAUUGCUGCUGUCUCCAUCGCCACACUCUGCCAUGUGCCACUUUCAGGUCUCCUCACACUCCUGCUGGUUUCCAUUUUGUCAUAGGUUGCUGUAUGGCCUCCAUUGCUGCUGCCUCCACCGCCACACUGUGGCUCCAAACACUGGUUUUGGCCCCGUGACUGGCCAAAUGAGUGAAGUGUGCGGUGAUUCUAAGAUCGACGGCACUCAUCUGCAUGUCAUACUG